AUGCCUCACAAUCUUCACAAAGGCAUCCAAGGUGCCGGUGAAUCGGGUAGGAUCCUGAAACCAGGUGGUACAGCGGCCGGUGCUUGCGCCGCGCCGCGCCAGGGGCCUGGCGGGCCCAUAGCGGCUCCGCGACCGGUGCAGGGUCCGCGCAAGGCGUUCCUGUGUGCUCAGUCCUUGACCUCUGACCUCUGUGCACCCAUGAUGGCUGGUGCCCUCGCCCGCAUGGGCACCGUGACGGUGAUCAGCCCCUUGGAGCUUGUGCGGACCAAGCUGCAGGCUCAGCACGUGUCCUACUGGGAGCUAGCUACUACCUGUGUUCAAGCUUCGGUGGCUCAGGGGGGCUGGCGCUCACUGUGGCUGGGCUGGGGUCCCACCGCCCUUCAAGAUGUGCCCUUCUCAGCUCUGUACUGGUUCAACUAUGAGCUGGCAAAGGGCUGGCUGAACGGGCUGAGACCGAAAGACCAGACGUCUGUGGGCGUCAGCUUCGUGGCUGGUGGCAUCUCAGGAAUGGUGGCUGCCACUCUUACUCUGCCCUUUGAUGUGGUGAAGACCCAGCGACAGAUCGCACUGGGGUCCGUGGAGGCUGUGAGAGUGAAACCUCCAAGAGUUGAUUCCACUUGCCUCCUGCUUCGGAGAAUCCAGGCCGAAUCAGGCACCAGGGGCCUCUUUGCAGGUUUCCUCCCAAGGAUCAUCAAGGCUGCUCCCUCGUGUGCCAUCAUGAUCAGCACUUACGAGUUUGGCAAAAGCUUCUUCCAGAGGCUCAACCAGGAACAGCCUCUGGACCACUGAAAGGCAAGGAACAACCAACUCUUGCGCGGGUCGGGACAGGAGACUGAGCCAAGUGCCUUCCCUCCCACCCAGUCAUCCAGGCUACCCUCAAACGUGGGUUCCUGCUGUUCCCACCACGACCACUCGUCCACCUCCAAGUUCAAGACCAAAUCUAACAGCCGCCCUUUUCUUUGUAUCCCUGAUAUUUGUUGUAGCCUGGCUCCGAGGAAUCAGGAUCUCGGGCCAGGCAGCCCUGUUUAUUCCCCAUCUAAAGAUGAUGACCUUCUGU